AUGCCUGACUUCAAGAUCUCCGCUUCUUUGGAGGGCCACGGCGAUGAUGUUCGCGCCGUGGCCUAUCCGAAUCCAAAUGUAGUAAUUUCGGCUUCUCGAGAUGCGACCGUUCGGCUGUGGAAGCUGGUAUCUACCCCGCCGCCUGUUUAUGAUUCCACCAUAUCCUCCCACGGCUCGGCCUUCAUCAACGCUGUAGCAUACUACCCACCAACAUCCGAAUUUCCUGAGGGUCUCGUACUCUCUGGUGGCCAGGAUACGAUAAUAGAAGCAAGACAACCCGGAAAAACUCCAGACGACAAUGCUGACGCAAUGCUCCUGGGCCAUGGUCACAACGUCUGUGCAUUGGACGUGUGCCCAGAGGGAGGCUGGGUGGUAAGCGGCAGUUGGGACUCGACCGCGAGGCUGUGGAGAGUCGGUAAAUGGGAAUGUGAUGUGGUCAUGGAGGGUCACCAAGGCAGUGUCUGGGCUGUUCUGGCCUAUGAUAAAGACACUGUCAUUACCGGCUGUGCCGACAAGACUAUACGGAUCUUCAAUACAGCAGGGGACCUUGUCAAGAGCAUCAAAGAUUCUCGUGAUGUCGUUAGAGCUCUGUGUAAGCUUCCUGCUUCACAUCCCUCAGGCGCACAUUUUGCUUCUGCAAGCAAUGACGGAGUCAUUCGACUGUUCACAUUACAGGGGCAGCUGGUUGCUGAGCUUCUUGGUCACGAGAGCUUCAUAUAUUCUUUGGAUGUCUUGCCGACAGGCGAGCUGGUCAGUUCCGGAGAAGAUCGAACCGUAAGGGUAUGGAAUGGCACACAGUGUGUGCAGACAAUUACCCAUCCCGCAAUCUCAGUGUGGGGCGUUGCUGCCUGUAGAGAGAAUGGCGAUAUUGUUACGGGUGCCAGUGACCGUGUCACACGGAUCUUCAGCCGAAAUGAAGAGCGAGUGGCAAGCCCGGAGGUGGUUCAUCAGUUUGAUAAAGCCGUCAAGGAAUCCGCAAUACCUGAACAGCAAGUCGGCAAGAUCAACAAAGAGAAGCUUCCAGGUCCUGAAUUUCUCAAACAGAAGUCCGGUACGAAGGAAGGUCAGGUGCAAAUGAUUCGCGGAGCAGACGGCAGCGUUACAGCCCACACGUGGUCCGCUGCUUCGCAAGAAUGGAUUGCUGUCGGUACGGUGGUUGAUUCUGCUGCCAGCAGUGGGAGGAAGAUCGAAUAUAUGGGACAAGAUUACGACUAUGUCUUCGACGUGGAUGUCGAGGAUGGGAAGCCUCCCCUCAAGCUUCCAUACAAUAUUUCGCAGAACCCAUACGAAGCCGCCACGAAAUUUAUCCAAGAUAACGAGCUGCCUAUGAGCUACCUAGACCAAGUCGCGCAGUUCAUUGUCCAGAACACACAGGGCGCAACCCUUGGACAACCUGUUCAAGAACCUGCGCCCACCGGCGCUGAUCCCUGGGGCCAGGAGAGGCGUUAUCGCCCUGGAGAUGCCACAGCGACAGCGGCAGACCCUACGCCUACUUUACCUGAAUCACGGCCUAAAGUCCUUCCGCAGAAGACAUAUCUCUCCAUCAAGACAGCUAAUCUUAAAAUCAUUGCCAAGAAACUACGGGAAUUAAAUGACCACCUCGCAUCCUCGGGGUCAAAAGACUUAUCCCUCAGUCCUCCUGAGUUGGAGACUGUCGUUUCGCUGUGCAGUCAGCUGGAGUCUUCCGUUGCCCUGAAAUCGUCGCCCGUGGUGGACGCUGGGCUGAGGUCAUUGUUUAGAGCUGCAACCACGUGGCCUGCCACCAGCAGACUGCCUGGCUUGGAUCUGCUCCGCUUGCUCGCUGCUGCAACACCUCUGGUUGCCACUGCAGACUACAGUGGAAAAGAUCUCGUUUCUGGGAUCCAGGCGAGCGGUAUAUUUGAUCCACCGUUGAAUGUAAACAAUGCGAUGUUGUCUAUCCGAAUGCUGGCGAACCUUUUCGAGACCGACGCCGGUCGUCAAUUGGCUGUGAAUAGGUUCGACCAGAUUGUGGCGGUCGUCAAUUCUGCGUUGAGUAACUGCGGAGCAGCACCGAACCGCAAUCUCACCAUAGCGGUGGCCACGCUUUACAUCAACUUCUCGGUUUACUUCACCUCUGGAGGGAGAGAAUUGGCUCCAGAAUCAUCUGAGCGGGGUCUGGUGCUCGCUGGGGAACUGGCCAAGCUAAUUGCAAGCGAGAAGGAUUCAGAAGCAGUAUAUCGUGCCCUUGUCGCCCUGGGAACUCUUAUCAAGGCGCUAGGCGAGGAAGUGAAGAGUGCUGCGAGGGAGAUUUAUGAUGUGAAGGACAUCCUGGAGAAGGUGUCAAGCUCGGGCAGUGGAAAAGAGCCUCGGGUCAAGGGAGUCGUUAGCGAGAUUAGAGAGGCAAUGUCGUAG